AUGGUUGCAUCCAUUUCGUCAUCAACCGGAAAUGUAAGUGCUUCCGAGACAACAACACGUUUCAUUGUACCAUCGGAUACAGUAUCAUCUUCCAUUGCAAUUUCACAUGUAUCACCAGUCAAAGGUGAGCGUAUCAUGUCUUCAAGCAAGUCUGCUACAUCAACUUUAUGUUCAUCAACAACAAGUCAAUCAUCAUCUAAUCGAACUAUCACUGAUAAACGUCAUUCUGUUUCUACAUGUUUAACUAAUUCACGUGUGAAUGAUAAUAUGUCAUCACUGACAAAAUCAAAAUCAAUUGCAAAUGCUACAACGAAGACACAACGUACCAGAUUGCAUCGUUCACCUAUCAAUCAUACAACGAUAAGUGGAACUGGUAAUAUUGUGGAAAAUAUGCGUAAGAUUCUCGAAGGUCGUUUAAAUAUAACACUGCCAUCAGGACGAUCGGAACUGUCAGCUACAUUAGCUGAUGGUGUUAAAUUAUGUAAUUUUGCCAAUCGAAUACGUUUACGUGCGGUGCAUAGUUUGUUCACGCCAGUUUCCGAAGAGUUGCCAUUGUCACCACCAAAAUGUCGGCGUAACGUUGAUAGUUUUUUGGCAGCAUGUCGACGGAUCGGUGUUCCCGAGAAACGACCGGAUUAUAAGAGUCCGAGUUAUGGAAGAAGAAAGGCAACAUUAGCAGGUCUGGAAGCCUUCCAUACGGCGGUGGUGGAAGGUUUAUUGGCACAAUAUGAACAGCUAUUAGUGACGCUACCAGCUGACUCGUAA